UCAUUGGCUCCGCUCAUCGUGCUAAUAGUGAGCUCCCCGAACGCACCCCAAGCGUGCUGACGUGCUCUCCUGUUCCUGUGCUCUCCUGUGCUCUCCGACUCCGAGCACAGUCCAACCUUAGCGCUGUGUUAAUAGCGUCUCCCCGAACCCAGUCAAAAUAACAAGCUGCAUUCUUGUUGAUUCGUGUGAUGGCUCUUAGAAUCGGAACGUGCGUUUCAUCCCGGUAGAGAAAAUAAUCAUUACCGCAAGUUAUAUUUCGAUAUAUGUAAUAUGGAGAUCGUUAAUGGUAAACAAAGAGGAACUUUUAUUUACGUAUAUGACGGAUAUACGUAUAAUAUUGAUAAACGAAUAAAGAACACAUAUAGAUGUUCAAGCCGUCGUACAACAGGAUGCCCUGGUAUGGUAAAAAUAAUUGAUGACCAAGUUCAUGUGCAAACUCAACAUGGACAUCCGCCAGAUACUAUAAAGUUGGAAAAAUUAAAAGUGCAGAGUGAAAUGUUACGUUUAUCACGUGAAUCGCUUCUGCCACCGAAGAAAAUUUUUGAUGACGUUUGUCGAAUUUAUGUUACCAACAAUCUUGCAGCAACUAAUUUAGAAAAACUCCAAACAAAGUGAAACAGCAUUAUGUCUGUUAGGCUGAACUCAUAUGAAUUCUGUUUUAACAAUGAAAUCCAAAUGUAGCUGCACAUAUGUCGUAUAGCUCUAUGAAAAGUAUAAUGGCUCGAGAACGAAUGAAACAAAGACCUCUUAUAUCACAGACUUUUGAAGCCUUACAUACUGAUUUAAUGAAGUAUGAAUGGAUUAAAAAUAUUAAUAAAGGAAGUGUAAUUGCACAAGAUGGCAACAGGGCUGUUAUAUUUUCAAGUGAUAGACUUCUUGAAAUAAUUCAACAAGCUAGGGAAAUUUUUAUUGAUGGAACUUUUUCGGUUGUUCCCCGUUAUUCACAUAUGGAUCAACUAUAUACCAUUCACACUCGUUAUAUGAAUAAAGCAGUUGGAACUGUGUUCUGUUUAUGUGAAGCACGUACCAGUGCACUAUAUGAAUCAAUAUGGUUAAAAAUAUUAGAGCUAGCUCCAGGACUAAAAACUAAUGUUAAAUUUAUUAUGAGCGAUUACGAAGCAGAAGCUAUGAAAGUUAUGGAAAAACUUUUUCCAAAUGCAAAUAUUCAUGGUUGUUGGUUUCAUUAUAAUCAAGCAGUAUUACGUAAGUGGAAUUGCUUGGGCUUAACAAAUACUUCAAAUACACUGUUGUCUAUGACAAUGACGCUUCCACUAUUGCCGGAAGAAUAUUUCAUGCAGGCAUUAAAAAUAUUGCAUAAUUAUUGUGAUGCUACACAUUCUAAAUAUGAAGAGUUAUUGGAUUUUCUAACAUAUAUUGAAAAAACCUGGUUACCGAAAGCAUCAAAAGUCAGCGUAUAUAACUGUCCUGUAAGAACAAACAAUUUAGUGGAAAACUUCCAUAUUAUGAUAAGACGGAAGCUGGGUAAUUCUCAUCAAAAUUUAUGGAUUUUCUUAGAUAAACUGACAAAGUUAAUUCUAGAUCAAGAAAUUCAUUUUGGACGUCUACAAAAUAAUGAAAGUUUAACAUUUGUGCAAUUACGCAAAAAUAAAGAGCGUGACUUAAAAAUUGUUCAAGCACAAACAGCUUUAAUUGUAGGAAGAUUGAAUCUUGAACAAUUUUUACAAAUGUUUACUGGAACAUACAAAAAUGUUUGUCUUUAUACAAAUAUGCAAGAAGAAGAAAAUAUACCAAAUAUAUCUUUGGAAAAUGAAAAUCAAGAGAAUUAUAAAAAAGAGACACAAGUUAUUGCAAAUCAAGAUAAUGCAAUAAAUAUACAACAAAAUGUUUGCCUUUUUGUAAAUAUGCAAGAAGAAGAAAAUAUACCAAAUAUCUCUUUGAAAAAUGAAAAUCAAGAGAAUUAUGAAAAAGAGACACAAGUUAUUGUAAAUCUAGAUAAUGCAAUAAACAUGCAAUGACCUCUAGUUGUAUUAUCAUGAUUAAAACGUAAAGACUAUGAAAACUAUACAAUAAACAAUGAUCGAAAACAAUUGGUUUUUAUUGAAAAUAUUCCGUCAAAAAUUACACGAAGACGGAAAACAAAAGUAGACAAAGAUUGCAGCUGUUGCAAUUAAAUAAUAGAAUUUAGAUAUAUGUUACAUUUUAGUAAGUAAACCUUAAGACUCGAAGAAAUGGUUUUCUUCGUUACUUGAUACAGAAAAUAUGAGCUAAAGUGAAAAUUAAAAAACUACCUUUUAAUAGUCAUACUAAUUAUGAAAAUUACUUUUUGCAAUAUUGUGUUUUUCUAAACCCUACAGAAAAAAAGCAACAUUUUAAAACUUACAGAAAAUGCAAAUACAAUUGUUAUAGUUACAUAUUACUCGUUUACAUAUAUUAAGAAUUCAAAAGAUGCAAACUUGUUUAUAGUAUAUAUACUUUGUAAACUGCUGAAAUUUCUCCUUUGCAAAUCGGACAUUUUUUAACAUUAUUGCUUUCCUGUAUAAUAUGAUUCGCAUAACUUCACAACAGAUGUGAUCGCACUGUAUAAAAACUAUUCGAUUCUACAUUAAUGCAAGCAAUGCACAUACGCUCAAA